GUUGUUUUAAAGAUGACCGCAUCGUGUUCUGGACCUGGAUGUUCUCCACGUACUUCAUGGAGAAGUGGACUCCUCGACAGGACGACAUGCUGUUCUACGUCCGCAGGAAGCUCGCCUACGUCAGCGCGGACAACACCGAGGGAAAAAAGGUGGAGGUUGAGGUUUACAGGAGAGACUCCAAGAAGCUGCCCGGCCUCGGAGACCCGGACAUCGACUGGGAGGAGAGCGUCUACCUGAACCUCAUCCUGCAGAAGUUGGACUACGUGGUGACAUGUGCAGUCUGCACGCGCUCAGACGCAGGAGACAUCCACAUCCACAAGAAGAAAUGUCAGGAAGUGUUUGCGUCUCCCAGCAAACACGCCAUGGACAGCAAAGGAGAGGAGUCCAAGAUGAGCUACCCGAACAUCUUCUUCAUGAUCGACAACUUCGAGGAGGUGUUCAGUGACAUGACGGUGGGCGAGGGCGAGAUGGUGUGCGUGGAGCUGGUGGCGAGCGACAAAAGCAACACCUUCCAGGGCGUCAUCUUCCAGGGUUCGAUCCGCUACGAGGCCCUCAAGAAGGUCUACGACAACCGGGUCAGUGUUGCAGCCAAGAUGGCCCAGCGGAUGUCUUUCGGCUUCUACAAAUACAACAACAUGGAGUUUGUGAGGAUGAAGGGUCCGCAGGGAAAAGGCCACGCGGAGAUGGCCGUCAGCAGGGUGCCGACGGGCGACACCUCCCCCUGCGGCACCGAGGAGGACGCGGUGUCCCCCGUGCACGAGAGGGUGACGUCGUUCAGCACGCCUCCCACGCCAGAGAGGAACCGCCCGUCUUUCUUCUCGCCGUCUCUCCGGCGCAAAGUUCCUCGAAACCGAAACGCAGAGAUGAAGAAGUCUCACUCUGCCAACGACAGCGAGGAGUUCUUCAGGGAGGAGGACGACGAAGGUACACAAACACACACACACACACACACCUGCACCAGUUAUAAACUCACACAGGCUCACCCAGGUGCAUGCUGGUCCUUACCGUUAUGACCUCACAGUUUCACCCAAACACCAAACAAACAAAAACACAUUUAAAGAAACAGCAAGCUGAUGAUGGUGAUGAUGGUGAUGAUGAUGGU